AAGUGCUUUGCGGCCUCGCUUCCGCUGAGCGAUCGAGCGGCCGGGGGCGGCGAUCGGCGGUUCCCGCGGGCAGGAUGGCUGUGUGGCUGCCGCCGCACCGGGACGGCAGCGCCUCGCUCGAGGAGGACGAGCAGCGGGAGCUGUCUCCGGGCUCCCGGCAGCGCCUGCAGACCUAUAGCCAAGAGAUUGAAUUAGCCUGCCAGAAAGAGAAAGAGUUUGUGAAGCACUCCGUAGAAUGCACAUGGAAUCUUGCAGAAGCCCAGCAAAAACUUGGUACCUUAGCACUGCAUAACUCAGAAUCCUUUGAUCAAGAACUCGCUCAAGCAAAGACUGAAGUUGCGGAAAUGAGAUGGAGAGAGGAGGAAUGGCGAAGAAAAGAAGAAGCACUAAACCAAGGGGAAAGACAGGACCUAUGGAACACAGAUCUUGUUAGUAAGGAGGUAUUUAAUAAGAGUUUUAUUAAUCAGAAAAGAAAAGAAACAGAAGAUGAAGAUGCGGCUGAAUCAUUUAUGAAAAAGCAUGAACAAAAGAUUAGACACUUUGGUAUGAUGAGAAGAUGGGAUGAUAGUCAGAGAUUUCUGUCUGACCACCCGUAUCUUGUAAGUGAAGAAACAUCUAAAUAUCUCAUGUUAUGGUGCUUUCAUCUAGAAGCUGAACAGAAAAGAGCUCUAAUGGAACAAGUAGCACAUCAAGCAGUAGUAAUGCAGUUUAUUAUAGAAAUUGCUAAAAACUGCAAUGUGGAUCCAAGGGGCUGUUUUCGUCUCUUCUUCCAAAAAGCCAAAACAGGAGAAGGCUAUUUUGAGGCAUUUAAAAGUGAACUUGAGGCAUUCAAGACACGAGUGAGAAUCUGGUCACAAUCAGAUAGCUCUCAGACUGUCUUACUGUAUAAUCCCACUAUCAAUCCUAGUCUUGUAGAACAGCUGACAUCUUUGUCACAGGUCACAAGAAGCUUUGUCGUAGAGUUGAUCCAACAAAACACUAAUUCAUCAAGGCAACUUUCAGCCACCACAGCUCCCUGAACUGUGCUGCAGAUACGUCAAGCAGAAGAAAGGGUAUGUGGCAGCCAGAUUUCAGAUAGCUGAACAAUAUUAUUCUACAACAGCUGUUAGCACACGUGAAAAAAAUAAAUAAAUAAGUAGUUCAGUAAGGAUCCCAGAUACCAGGAGUAAUUUGUACACUGCAAUCCCAAACUAAAUAUUAUUACUAGAAUUGCACCUAGUAUUAUUGUUCAGACAUAGAUAUCACAGCUAUACAAAUAGCUUAUAGAGAUUUUCUGCAUUGAAAAGUGUAUGAUGUACAUUCAUACCUGUACUGAUGCAGAUAGGUAGGGCAAGCAUUCUGGAUACCAUAUAUUAUAUAUCUUAUGUGUAAUUGAGCUUUGCAGAUAGAACAGGGACAUGUUCACAGGUGUAAAUUUACUGAUUUUCUUCUAUCAUUUCCUCAUGCCAUUGUCAAAUACCUGGACUCCUGGUAGACACCACUCCUCAAAGGCAGGAUGUGCUGAUGAAGUCAGCAGUGCUGGGAGGCCUACGUUCCUUUUUGCUUAGCAAUCCUGCUCUGCAGCCCAGAAGGCUGUCUGAACAACUGAAGCCAUUUAUUUUCUAGCUAGGGCUAUGUCCCUAGCUGGCUGGACCUCCAGUUCUCACCACCAUUGGUACUGGCUUUUUUGGCAGAGAAAGUCUUCAACUUGUAACAAUUUGAAUAUAAAAAAUAAUUACUGACAAAGCCAUACCUCAGGUUCCUACCUUUAUGCUAUUGUGAAUUUAGUAAGAAUUAUAUUUUUCCCAGAUAUUUUAAAACUAGAGUUAAGUAGUUCUUAGAAGGAAUGCUUCAUAAGCUUAUCAUAGACAUGAGAAAAACCAAGACAAUUUAGUGCUUCAGAAUGGGAAUUACACAUAUUCUCUGGGAUUAUCAACUUACAUUUUGGUGAAUUUGACUUAUACAUUAAACUUAAGUUGCCAGUAGAUAGCUUACAUAGAGCAUAUCCUAGUUGAAAACAAACUGGUACGUCCUCCUUUGCAUAGACAAGUGUUUUCACACAUCAUUCUGAAUUUCCUGCUGACCAGGAUUCCGUUCCUUUUUAUUUCCCAAGACUUCAUUCUGUUAGUACAUGAGCUCAUAUUCUAAGGUGUUCCUCUACAGACCGCACAGCAAUGCUAUACAUGACAGUACUCCAGGCAAACUGCACUAAGAUACUUCAUUUUUUCUUUUAGUUAAACUCUCUAAAACUGUUACACUAUUCCUCCCUUACAUUAUAGUAAUUUUAAACAACUGACAAAAAUUCCUACAUAAAUUUUUCCCCGUAUUCUCAAAAAUUCAUUUAAUUUGCUUUACAACAAGCAUAAUUUACUAGUUAUUUCAAAAGUCAGCUACUGAACAGCUAGUUUUAACUACCAGUGUCACACCAAUCAAACUACAAAGGACUGAACUUAAAGGAGAGUACCUGCAACAAACCUCUAUAUAAAAUACACAAUCUUAUUUUCUUGUAUUUCAAAUCUACUCCAAGAUUGAAGUACUGUGUUAGCAGUUGUUUUCUGAACUGUCAACCUUAUCCCUACUAACCUCCCUUUACAAGAUUUCUAUAAGAUAACAACAGCCUUUUCCUCUCUCUUACAGCUCCUUUUAAUGAAGCCGUGACUUAUUUACGGAAAGUGAUAACUAACACAAAGAAUAAACAGUUUCUGUGCAGUAUUGCUAGUUCUUCGCUGCUUAUAGAGAUGAAUGAAGAAUGGGAAAAUAUACUGUAGAUAGUAAAACCACCAGCACUUCAGGGCACAUUAAGGAAAAAAAAAAAAUAAAUCUGAGAAACAUGAUAAUUACAAAAAAACAGCCUAUCAUUUAAAUAGCACAGAUCUAUUUGAAACAGAUUUCAUCUUUGUAAAUAACAGUUGAUCCUAAAAUCUCUUGACCUGGACAGCAAUACUUAAAGAGAAUUAAAACGAAAAAAAAAAAAGAAUUUCUAAAUGAUGUUAAAGUACUGCAGCUUCCUAAUGAUGUCAGAAUGGCUCAAUUUUGAACCUACAAGGUCUGAUCACUACAAGCAAUUGACUUUUUUCCAUGAGCCUCUUCAAAAUGAUAAAUGCAUCUCAGGUUUCUGUUUAUUCUGUUUUUAACUAGCAUUCCAGCAUUGAACAAUUUGCUUUAGCUAGAGAUGUUAAGGCUUUCAGAAUGACUGUAUUUUCAACAUAGGAGAACUGACACAUCCUACAAGGAGGGGCUGAGUGAGCUUUGACUGUUCAUCUUGGAGAAGGCUCAGUGGGGAUCUCAUUAAUGUACAUAAAUACCUGAAGGAAGGGUGCAAAAUGGAUGUAGCCAGGCUCUUUUCAGCAGUGCCCAGCCUCAGUACAAGAGGCAACAGGCAAAAACUGAAACACAGGAGGCUCCACUGGAAUGUCAGGAAACACUUCUUUACUGUGCAGGUGACUGAGUUCUCCCCCAGGAAGAUCUUCAGAAGCCACCUGGACAUGGUCCUGGGCAUCAUGCUCUAGAGUCCCUGCUUGUGCAGGGAUUGGACCAGAUGGACCCAGAGGUCCUUUCCAACCUCAUCCAUUCUGUGGAAGUAUGAAAAAUAAAUGCAAAUGUACAAUAAAAAA